GGUAAGGCAGGCAGUCAUCCGUCAAGAUAUCAUCAGUUUGAACGGUCUGCUCAACCACGCGACUCCGCAAGCCCUACGAAAGCCAUCUCUCGACGUUGUCUCAGCUGAACCCAAUUGAGGAAGCUCUUUAAGGCAUUUGGAAGAAAUGACAAAGGAACGAAACUACAACCCAGUUCAAGCCCAGCGCAAGGCUGACAAGGCCAAAGCCAUUAAAAAGGGCAAGGCAGAGGUGCAGAACCGUCGCAACGACAAGCUCGCCAGACGUAAUCCCGACCGCAUCCAGAAGCAGAUCGACGAUCUUAAAGCUGUUACGACAAAUGGCGGCAAGCUCUCACGGCAUGAGGAGCAGGUAUUAGAGGGCCUCGAGAAGGAGCUUCAGGCGGUGAAGAAGGCGCGGGAGGCUUUGGGCGACCGGGCGCCUUCUUUCGGGAGCGGUCUCGGGCAUGGGGGCAGGGGAGGAGGGACCGGCGUGUUGGGCAAGCGGCGACGCGAUGCCGAGAACGCGUCCAGCGACGACGAAGAUAUCCCGGAGGAUGUGAGAAGCAUACCUAUGCCGCGAGACACACCACCUCCGAUACCGAAGCAGGUGAUGGACGCCUGGUACGCGAAGCGGCGAGCGCGGCGGCAGGCGGAGCUGCAACAUCAGACCGAGACUGAGGGCCGAAGGGAUCGCUCGGAAGACAGGAACAAUAAACCGGCCCCUACCCCGGUGCUGGAGGCGAAGACGGUAUACGAAGCGAAGCCCAUGGUACGGAAUCUGCAUAAGGAGGCGGUGUCGGCAUUUGUGCCCAGCGUGGUCAGAAGCAAGCUAGACAAGGGCAAAGGGCGAAGUGGGCUUAUGGAACCCGAGGAAGCUGAUGCAUUGGAGAAGGAGGGCUAUUUGAAGGGCCGUGAUAGGCCACAACAGGACACAGGAGCUUCCGGUUCACACAGAGUCACAGUCGAGGAAGUGGAAGAUGAGGCAGGGUGACGAGGAAUGAUGAGGAACGAGUGGGUGCAACGAUGGAUGGAUGAGCCACAACUUGAAGGGGGAAUUCGGAUACAUGUCCACAAGCCUGGCUGUCAUCAAAUCUGCUGUACCACAAUCCAAGAAUGAGUUCUAAUCCCCGAGGAUGAAGCAGAAAGGGCGCGGAGUUCAGCAGUUCGGCAGUUCAACAGCUUCCAGUGAAUCGAGCGACGUUACUGGUGCGCAAAGGUGGCUCUGCCGCCUUUCGAAAGGUGCCGCCCAGUAGCCAGUGCCUGUUGGUCUCACCUACCUACCUAUUCUUAACUGUAAUUGACUUACCUACCUAC